AUGGCGCCCAUCACAGUCCACAACUCGCUGAAGCCCGGCACGCCUGUGCCCUUCGUACCGAGGGAGGAAGGCAAAGUCUCUUGGUACGCUUGCGGGCCUACAACUUACGAUUUGAGCCAUCUGGGUCAUGCUCGUAACUAUGUCUCAACCGACAUCAUCCGCCGUAUCCUAAUGCACCACUUUGGCUUCAAGGUGAAGUUUGUGAUGAACUACACAGAUGUGGAUGACAAGAUCAUCAUCAAAGCACGCAGAAAGCGACUGCUCGAGCUCGAAAAGGAGAAGCUCUACACACCGGAUCAAAUACGACAGCUCGUUUUCAAGGCUUUCCAGGCUUAUGCCAGUAGCAACCUUCCUCUCUUAACCGGAGCAGGUCAAUCGGCGCUAGAUGAGCACAACUACCAUGAAAGGAGAGACGCUGCGUACGGCAGCGUCCUCGCUGGCGGCACACUCUCAGGGGAGGGCAAACCUGGUGACGCUGAGGCGAAGCUCAAGAUGCACCUCAGCAACACGGACUCAGCGGCAAAGUCUCUGAGAGAUGGAUCCGGAUUUGACGGCGCCGAAGAGGUUCUCCUUCCGUAUCUUGACUCCCUAUACAAGGAGACAAUCGACACUAGCGACCAGACCAUAUUCACAGAUCUCACGAAGGCAAUGGAGAAAGCUUUCAACGACGACAUGGAAGCUUUGAAUGUGCUCCCUCCAGAUGCUGUGACUCGGGUCACGGAGUACGUCCCGCAGAUUGUGGCCUUCGUUCAGCAGAUCGUGGACAAGGGGUUUGCAUAUGAGGCCAAUGGUUCCGUCUACUUCGAUAUUGCGGCAUUUGAGAGAGCAGGUAACACGUACGCUCGACUACGGCCCGAGAGCAAAAACGACCAGGCAUUGCAGGAGGAGGGCGAGGGGUCCCUGUCCAAAAGCUUAGAGGGGAAGAAGCGGUCCGGAGACUUUGCCUUGUGGAAACGGUCGAAGCCUGGUGAGCCGUACUGGCCUAGUCCUUGGGGCGCUGGUCGCCCCGGUUGGCACAUUGAAUGCUCGGUCAUGGCUUCAGACAAGCUCGGUGAACAGAUGGACAUCCACUCUGGUGGUAUUGAUUUGGCUUUCCCCCACCACGACAACGAGUUGGCUCAGAGCGAGGCAUACUUCCACCAAUCCGGCAAAGGCGAACACACCUGGGUCAAGUAUUUCCUGCACAUGGGACACCUCUCAAUCGCAGGGAGCAAGAUGUCGAAGAGUCUCAAAAACUUCCAGACAAUACAAGAUGCCCUCGCGACGACAUACACCGCUCGCAACAUGCGCAUUGUGUUUCUGAUGGGCCGCUGGAAUGACGGAGUCGAGAUCUCACAGGACAUGAGGAAGCAGGCGGACAACUGGGAAAGCACGAUUGAUAACUUCUUCACCAACAUCAAGGCGAAAUUGGCGGAGGCUGGGUCAACCGCAGAUGGAAUCAAAGAUCUGUCUCUGGAUGACACCAAGGCCAAGGGCCUGAUCGACGAGCUCGAGCAGGCCAAGAAGGAUUUAGACGCGGCCCUCCGGAACUCUUUCGAUACACCCGGCGCCAUGCAGAUUAUUCUUCGGCUCGUUAGGGACGCCAACAUUUACAUGAACGACAAGUCUACUGAGCCGAGUUUACAUGCUCUCGAGUCAGUUGCUCGGUGGGUUACCAAGAUCGUAGGCAUUUUCGGUCUUGAUGCCGCCGCUGGGCCCCCAUAUGAUGGCCUUGGAUGGUCGUCUGCAGAUGCCGCCUCCACUGCCAACCUCGAACCCCUGACCGCCGUGAAGCCUUACGCGGCGGCAUAUGAGAAGGUCAAAGCCGAUAUCGAGGCAUUGAACCUGUCCGAACCGUCAAUUCGCAGCCUGCUCCAGCAACAGACACCAGAGACCGAGUUUGUCGAGCUCGAGAAGAGCGGAGAACGGGACCUGGAAAAGCUGGCUCUUCCCUAUCUUCGCGCAACCUCCCGCCUGCGUGACGAGCUACGCGCGAUUCUGUCGGGCCUCGAUACCAACGCGAAGCAGGCAGUCCUUGCGCUAAGUGAUCGGAUCCGCGAUUAUGACCUCACCGAUUUGGGCGUCCAGCUUGACGACCAGACAGACAAGCCCAGUCUCAUCAAGUUUGUACCAGCCUCUAAACUGAUUGCUGCACGCGAAGAGAAGGCCGCCUUGCUAGCUGAGAAGGCUAGGUUGAAGGAAGAAGCACGGAAAGCCAGAGAGAAGGCAGAGGAAGAGAAGUGGGCGAAGGCCAAAGUCCCUCCGCAUGAGAUGUUCAAGGGCGAUGGGAAGUAUCAGGCAUGGGAUGCCGAGGGUCUACCGACCAAGUUGGCGGACGGCAGCGAAGUGCCCAAGAGCCAGGUGAAGAAGCUGAAGAAGGAGUGGGAGAAGCAAAAGAAGCUGCACGAGGAGUACCUGGCGAAGUUCGGCACGACCGCCUAACGGGUGGCUUAUUAUGGACUCACUAGCCGGAAGUCUCCCACGUGCUCCUCGGACGUUCGUUAGUGCGGCUAGUCUGGUCCAAAGUCUCUUCUGGCCAAGAUGGAAAAGAUGAAAGUGUUUGAGCUGGUAUAGCAUCCCUCUUUAGAUGGUGAAGAACGUACAAAGCAGACUUCAUAGAUGGAUUGAUUUAUUAACGAACGCUUUGAAUUUAAGCUUCAGCCUGGAACGAGCACUGCAUCUCCUAUUGCCCGUAUCCCUGUCCGUAUGGACUUCCACCGAGCGCGGGGGGCAGGGGCCCUUCAAUACACUAGCCUCGGUUACCAGGCAGAGCAGUCGUGUGUCGUCGGCCAUCUGGUUCACCGACAUUCUAAUGGCACUGAGUGGACGACUGAUAUCUCGCGAUCCUAUUUAGAGACAUACGAU